AUGGCCAACACCCAGCAGAAUCCGUGAGUCGAGCCCUCUCUUCAUCAUCCAGGAGCUGUGCAUGCGCCCAGAUCAAUUCUGCACCGACUUGAUAGCGCCAAUAGUGCGCCCAAGAACCGUUCAGGGCGCACCACGCAUGCCAUUCAGAGGCUACGGUAGUACCAUUCUGGCCACUUGUUAACCGCUUAGCAGGAUCUAUAGGCAAGAUCAAUUCCUCAAUACCCGCCCAGCGCCCGCUCCGCCGACAGAUCGCCCCAAGGUGACACUCACGCCCAAUGUGCAUCAAACGCCAGGCAAUCCAAACCUCAUGUACUCGGGUAAUGCCUCGAACAACUCGCUCAAUUCGCCUUCGCAGCACUCGCUCGGGCGAUCAGACACGAGCAAUGGCGACCUCACGGUCGUCAAGGAUGGCUGGGCCAAAGUCAAGGAAGAGGGCGGUGGUUUCAUGAAGGCGUUUUGGAACGAGCGAUUCCUCGUGCUGAGGGAGAAGCAGCUGGACUUCCUGAAAAACGCCAACAGCAGCAAGACUGCCAACACGAUCCUUCUGCGCGAUGUUUCGCAUAUCACGCGAUCAGAUAACUAUCCUUACAGCUUGGAACUCACCCGCGAGGGGAACAAGAUCUGGAUCCUUCGGUUUGACACCGAUACCGAUGUCUACAAUUGGAUGGACAGCAUAUACGACAGAUGCCCGCAAAUGGGCGGCGUCUCGCAUCCUACCGGCUUCUCGCACCGUGUCCAUGUCGGCUUCGAUCCCGUGACAGGAGGCUUCGUGGGCUUGCCCGUGGAGUGGGAGAGAUUGCUCAAGGGCUCGGCCCUGACGAAAGACGACAUGGCCAAAAAUCCACAGGCCGUGAUGGAGGUCCUGCAAUUCUACACCGACAAGCUCGCGGUGAGGAACGAUGACACGAAGAUGUACUCGUCUCUCACCCCAACCUCCGGCCUCGAGUCCAACCGAGAAAAGCAGCUGGGGUACGGUGGCGGCAACAACAUCGCUCCUCCGCGACCACAGCAUCCAGGUAUGAACAGGCAGGACAGCUAUCAAGCGGGUAGGAGUAAUACAGCGACUCCGCACAGUGGAUAUUCAAGCUCACGAGACCAACCAGCCGAUCGUCACGCUCCCUCCAAACGCGCCGACGCCGCUCCCCACACGCAGCAAUCGGACGAAGAGCGGAGGAUGAGACAGCAAGAGGAGAGCAGGAAGCGAGCGGACUCGGACAGACGGCGCAACGAGGAAGAGGAUCGCAGGAAAAGGCAGGAGCAGGAGGAUCGUGAAUACAAUGAAUCGCUACCCAAGAAUAAGGUCCCGCUCGCGAAACAAGAGAUCGGAGGGUAUGGAGGCGAUUCUUCUCGGGAUGCCAGUCCAGGCCAAGGUCAGAGCAGAUACAACCCAACUCGGCCAGCACCUCCGGCACCAUCGGGAAGCAAGAGCGGGCAACCGGGAAAUCAGCUUCCUCUGCGUAAUCUGCAGGCUCAGCGACCUGCUCCGGCACCACCAGGAUCUCAGAACGGUUCUUCGACGGCGACGCCGCAAAAGAAACUGGCUGCCAACGGAUCUUCGCCAUACGGCGCAAAGGCCCAAUCACCUCCAGCGGCCAAUGGCGAAGCCAAAAAGGAUGGAGCGCCCUUGACAAGGAAGCCUUCCGGCGCGGGCAACCAUCACAAACAGCCCUCUGCGGCAGGCCAGGUUAAGCCCCUCAAUGUCGCGACGAAGCAGCCCACGGGCGCGCCCAAGGAUCCCGUCAAGGCCGCAGAGCUCGCGCUUACGAAGAAAGACCCCAACGAGAAGCCGCAGAAGGAAGUGCGGAUGAGUGCCAUGUCUGAUGCACAGGUCAUGGACCGGCUGCGAUCCGUGGUGACCUUGUCCAAUCCUCUUGAGAGCUAUAACAAGCAGAAGAAGAUUGGUCAGGGUGCAUCGGGGUCGGUCUACGUCGCCCGGAUCCGGGAGAGUGCUCCAAGUCAGAUCGCCAAAGACUUGAUUCGUCAAUACGGUCCCAGAGCUCAGGUGGCCAUCAAGCAGAUGGAUCUUCGCUCUCAGCCCCGAAAGGAGCUGAUUGUCAAUGAGAUCAUUGUCAUGAAGGAAAGCCGACAUGACAACAUCGUCAACUUCUUGGAUGCCUUCUUGCAGGAGGAUACCUUCGAGCUCUGGGUCGUGAUGGAGUUUAUGGAAGGCGGUGCACUAACAGAUGUCAUUGAGAACAACGCAUCAAUCACAGAAGACCAGAUCGCUACAAUCUGUCUUGAGGUGAGUGGAUUCCUUGGAUCAUGAACAUAUCAAUCGCUGACAUCUCCCAGACUUGCAAGGGUCUCAUCCAUCUGCACGCACAGAACAUCAUCCACCGAGACAUCAAAUCAGACAAUGUCCUCCUCUCGUCUCGUGGCGCAGUCAAGAUCACCGAUUUCGGUUUCUGCGCGAAGCUGACGGAGCAGCGCUCUAAGCGUGCGACCAUGGUCGGUACCCCCUACUGGAUGGCGCCAGAAGUGGUGAAGCAGAAAGAAUACGGCUCCAAGGUCGACAUCUGGUCGUUGGGAAUCAUGGCCAUCGAGAUGAUCGAAUCAGAACCGCCCUACCUUAACGAGGAGCCACUGAAGGCUUUGUACCUGAUCGCCACCAACGGCACGCCGAGACUGAAGAAGCCCGAAAAAUUGUCUAAGGAGCUCAAGGCGUUCCUCAGUGUCUGCCUGUGCGUGGAUGUGAAGAGCCGAGCUACGGCUGAGGAGCUUGGGCGCCAUGAGUUCUUGCAGCACGGAUGUUCUCUGCAGAGCCUCAGUGAGCUUUUGAAAUUCAGGAAAGGAGGCGGGCACUAG